CUCAGUCAUUGCAAGCCAUAGCUUGAACUGUAAAAUGAGUUUUAAAUCUAAAGUAGUAAUUGUCACGGGUGCGAGCUCUGGCAUCGGGGCACAUAUAGUCACAGCUUUUGCCAAAGAGGGUGCCAGCGUCGUUUUAGUAGCACGAAAUGAAGAAAGAUUAAAAAAAGUUGCUAAAGAUUGCGAAGGCUUCGGCUGCGAACCACUCAUCGUCCCAGCAGAUAUCACAAUCGAUGAUGAAGGGAAAAACGUAAUAGCCAAGACAAUUGAUAAAUUCGGACGACUGGAUGUGCUAGUUAACAGCGCUGGUAUAUUGCGAACAGGACUGCUAGAGAAAGGAGACAUUAUGGAAGUCUUCGACGAGGUUAUGAAGAUAAACGUGAGGGCUGCUGUAAAUUUGAUGAAGUUCGCUACUCCACACUUGAUAAAAACUAAGGGCAAUGUCGUUAAUAUUUCAAGCGUAGGUGGGCAGCAGGUGUUUUCAGAAUUCAUGGCCUCCUACUCAACAUCAAAGGCAGCACUUGACAUGUUCUCUCGUGGUGCUGCUGUUGAACUUGGCAAACAUGGCGUAAGAGUGAACGUUGUUAGUCCUGGAGGUGUAUUAGGAACUAGUUUAUUGGCUAACGCUGGAUUUGAUCCAAAAUUAACGGUUGAUCAUGUGGCAUUUAGAUCUCUUCUAGGCAGAUGGAGUGAACCACAAGAGAUUGCUGAUUUAGUCAUGUUCCUAGCAAGUGAUAAAGCAAAGGGAAUCACCAGUAGCAAUUAUACGUGCGAUAAUGGUUACCUAAAUGAAAAACAUUGUUUUAAAAAAGGCGUGAUUUUUAAAUAAUUAUGAGAACAUAUGAUUCCCA